AUGGCAACUCUCGGCGCUCCCACCAAGAAGCACAAAGUGACGGUAGUGGGAUCAGGAAAUUGGGGAUCUACAAUUGCUAAAAUCGUCGCCGAAAACACCAAAGCCAACCCGGACAUCUUCGAGGAAGAUGUACAGAUGUGGGUCUACGAAGAGGAGGUCACUCUACCCAAAGACUCUAAGCACUUCGACGCCGCCGCAGAUGGCCCUCAGAAGCUCACGGCAGUAAUCAACAAAUACCACGAGAACGUCAAAUACCUGCCCAACAUUGCCCUCCCCGCGAACAUUGUCGCAAACCCCUCCGUCGUGGAUGCAGUAAAGGGCUCCACAAUCCUCGUCUUCAAUCUACCCCACCAGUUCAUCGGCCGCAUAUCGAAACAAUUAGAAGGACACAUUCUUCCCUUCGCCCGAGGCAUAUCCUGCAUAAAGGGAGUGAACGUCACAUCCUCUGAGAUUAGUCUCUUCAGCGAAUGGAUUGGUGAAGGGCUAGGAAUUUACUGCGGGGCUCUCUCGGGAGCAAACAUUGCCAACGAAAUCGCCCAGGAGAAAUGGUCAGAAACAACCAUCGCAUACGAUCCCCCGGCUAUCGAUUCUCGAGCCCCAAGUCCAUCGAGCUCGCAAAUAAAUCUUGUUAUUACACCAGCAGACGGGGAACACAAGGAUGUAAGAGGCAGAGUCAGCAAGACAAAGUUGAAGGCCUUGCCAACCGACUAUCCCCCUCUCGACCACGCGCUUUUCAAAACACUAUUCCACAGACCAUAUUUCCAUGUCCGCAUGGUGGACGAUGUUGCUGGUGUUUCGCUCGGAGGAGCGCUGAAGAACAUUGUCGCCCUUGCAGCAGGAUUCGUAGAUGGGAGAGGAUGGGGUGACAAUGCCAAGGCAGCUAUCAUGCGAGUAGGUUUAUUAGAGAUGGUGAAGUUCGGCAAGGAGUUCUUUGGGCAUUCUGUCCAUGCAGGGACGUUCACCGAGGAGAGUUGCGGUGUUGCAGACUUGAUUACCAGUUGCAGUGGAGGCAGGAAUUUCAAAUGUGCCAAGUUGGCUGUUGAAAGAGGGGUCAGUGUAGAUGAAGUUGAAAAGACAGAGUUGAACGGGCAAAAGUUGCAGGGAACGAGUACCGCAAAAGAGGUGAACAGCUUCUUGCAAACUCGGGGAGUUGUUGACGAAUACCCACUUUUCAAAGCAGUUAUUGAUAUCCUAGAAGGACGGAACACGGUAGAUGAUAUCCCAGAUCUAGUUGCACGCGCCGACGCUUAG